AAACGCAACGCCCAGCUCUGGUGCCCUGUCCAGAAGGGCACCUACGAGAUCACCCGGAAGACUCGGCGGCAGCGCCAGGCCUGCCGCCUGCCGCCUGCGCAAGCUCCUGGAGAGCGGCUGCAGGAAAGACAUGGUCAUGUCUGACGUGGCCGUGGAGCAGAAGCGGGCCUUGAUCAGGAGGAAGAGGAGAGAACAGAUUGGGACUCAGCCCCCUGGAGCCAAGGCUCUGACUGAAGAGCAGCGGAUGAUGAUCAGGGAGUUGAUAACCGCUCAGGUGAAAACCUCUGAUGGCAUCUUCACGCGUUUCAAGAAUUUCCGGCUCAGAGAACUGGUAGCCAGUGGCCUCCGAAAUUCGGAGUCUCUGCAGACUCAGUCAAAUGAAGAAGCUGCCAAGUGGUGCAAGAUCAGGGAAGAUCUACGGUCAGCGAAGGCCUCCCUGCAGCUGCGGGGGGAAGACGGCAGCAUCUGGAACUACAAGCCCGCAGCCGACAAUAGUGGGAAAGAGAUCUCUUCCCUGUUGCCCCACGUGGCUGACACGUCAACCUACGUGUUCAAAGGCAUCAUCAACUUUGCCAAAGUCAUUCUCCAUUUCAGGGACCUGCUCAUCGAGGACCAGAUCUCCCUGCUGAAGGCGGCCGCCUUUGAGCUGUGCCCACUGAGAUUCAACACGAUGUUCAACACAGAGACCAGGACCUGGGAGUGUGGUCAGCUGUCCUACUGCUUGGAAAACCCUACAGGUGGCUUCCAGCAGCUUCUGCUGGAGCCCGUAUUGAAAUUCCACUACAUGCGGAAAAAGCUGCAGCUGCAUAAGGAGUAUGUGCUAAUGCAGGCCAUCUCCCUCUUCUCUCCAGAUGAUAACCCCACCUACCGCCCGGGUGUGGGGCAGUGCCGCUUGCUGGACCAGCUGCAGGAGUGGUUCGCCAUUACCCUGAAGGCCUACAUCAAGUGCAACCGGCCCCGGCCCGCCCACCGGUUCCUGUUCCUGAAGAUCAUGGCUAUGCUCACCGAGCUCCGCAGCAUCAACAUCCAGCACACCCAGCGGCUGCUGCGCAUCCAGGACAUUCACCCCUUCGCUACCCCACUCACGCAGAAGUUGUUCAGCAUCACAAAUGGCUGA